CUUGUUCCCCUACCACUUGUCACUUACAGAUAAAGAUCAAUUCUGCGCAGGGAUCAUGUACUUGUUUUGCUAAACUGGCAGUGUUAUGUCUCGAAUAGCGAAACCCUUCGAAAAAUAUUGUUUGAUACCCGGAAAGUGUCUUAAACCUUGUGAUGCCACCGACCAAAUAUUGCAGUGUAAAUGUUUGUCAUCAAGCCCCUACGCUCUUGGCCGCGGUCGUUUUCGAUGAUAAUCUAAGAAGCUGCCCCCUGAUGUAAACCCAAAAGGGGUUUUUGCAUGUAAUGAACUUGAUCUGAAGGAAGUGAAAGUUUACGGCUUUGAUUAUGACUACACAAUUGCAUGUUAUAAGCCUUCCAUGGAUUACUUAUUAUAUAAUCUUGGGAAAGAAACACUCGUCAACAGAUACAAGUAUCCAAACAGUAUAAAGUUACUUGAAUAUAAGCCAGGAUUUGCAGUACGGGGGCUACAUUAUGAUAUAGAAAAAGGUCUACUGUUGAAGAUUGACUCAUUCCUCCAGAUACAACUAGGCAGUGUGUAUCGUGGCUUAUCUCCUGUGUCAGAUGAUGAAGUUCUGAAAUUAUAUAAGAAUCGAAUUAUUCCUUUAGCCUAUGUAGAACCAAGGAACUAUCAGGCUGAUAUUAAAACAAAAAUGGUUCAGUUAGCUGACUUAUUUUCUGUGCCAGAAAUGGGACUACUAUGUGAUGUUGCAGAAUAUUUUGAGAAACAUCAUAUUGAUUAUCACCCUGAAAUUCUCUUCAGGGAUGUCAAGAAUUCUAUAAGAAGCUGCCACCCUAUCAUGCAUGGAAUUGUUGAAAAAAAUGUGUCUGAAUACAUAGAAGAAAACAGUUGUAUAAGGAAAUUUUUUGAAAGACUGGCUGCUGCAAACAAAAAUCUAUUCCUUGUAACAAACAGUCCUUAUCGCUUUGUUAACAAGGGAAUGGAGUUGUUGGUUGGACAAGACUGGAGAGACUUCUUUGAUGUUAUAAUCGUCCAAGCACGAAAACCACGCUUUUUCACAGAUGAAUCACGACCUCUGAGACUGUAUGAUAUAGAUAAUGAAAUUCAUGUAUGGGACCGUGUUUUGAAUCUUGAGAAAGGAAAAAUCUAUUGUGAGGGAACUGUUAAACAGUUACAGGAGAUGACUGGAUGGUUUGGACAACAGGUUUUAUAUUUUGGUGAUCACCCAUACAGUGACCUGGCUGAUGUUACUCUUGAACAUGGAUGGCGUACUGGGGCUAUCAUCAGUGAGCUCACGCAUGAAAUUGAAACUCUUAAUAACCCUGAGUUCAAGCAACAAUGUAAUUGGCUGCAAAUGUUGACACAACUGAUAGAAGAUCAUCAAGAUAGAGAUGAACCUGAAUCUUUACAGGAACUCCAAAAAUGGAUGGCUGAAAGAGAUGAGCUCAGGCACAGAAUCAAGAAUGUGUUCAACGAACAAUUUGGCAGUGUUUUUCGAACUUAUCACAACCCUACAUAUUUCUCAAGGCGCUUGUUUCGCUUUGCAGACAUAUAUACUUCCAACAUUACAAACUUGCUCAAUUAUUCUGUGAAGCACACCUUCUAUCCACGUAGAGGUGUUAUGCCUCAUGAAUAUACCUCAUAUUUUGUUUGAGAGAAAAAGUAUUUUACUUUUAUUUGCAAGCAGCUGAAAGAUAUUGACAAAAGUAAUGAAUUGCUUUAAUUGUAGAUUGUGUAAAGAUGUAAUUUUGGAGGAAGAUAUAUGUGAUUGACAAUAAUUAAAAAUGAAAUAUAAUUAGCACAUCACAAAGAAUUAAGUAACUCUCCUUUGGGUGAUGUAUUUCAUGUUUGGAAUUUGGAGAAAGUUCUCAUAAAUCAUUGGCUUUAUUUUUUAUCAGUAUGUUAUAGCUCUGACUUUUAUAAGCAGGCAUUCUGACAAGACUUCUUUUUUGUCAUCUUCAAAGGAAUGUUGGAGCUGUUAAAUGAAACUGUUUGCAGGACACAAAUAUUUCUCUUGUUCCUAGCAGACUAGUUUUUAAUUAGGUAGUCCUAAUGGUACCAGUAUUGAAUUAGCAUAUGUACUUUUUAAAUUUUGACACUUUUGCAUUAUAGUUUUAUAUCUUUUGAAUUUACUUUGCAACUUUAAUUUAAAAAAAAAAGGUCAUCAAGCUUGUGACAGUAUUGAAAAGAUGAUCAUGAGACUUCUUGUAUUAUCAGUUGUGGAAAAAUUGCUUGCAUUGCAAAUUAAAUGAAACAAUCACUGUUGGUAUAUACAGCGUGUAUUUGUAAAGUUUCGUCUAUCCUGUCAAAGAAGUGGUCACCAGUUAUGUGAAUGUAUUCUAUAAGUGUAAGGGAUAUAGAAAAUUGCACUCAGUGGCACAGGGAAAAAGUGCAGACUGUGAAUAAAACCAUGCUCAUUAGGCAUACAGGUCAGAUAUUAACCAUAAUUUGUUUGUCAUUAUGACAAUUAAAACUAGAUCCUGAUGGAUGGAAGACAUUUACCGUAACCUGUCAAAACUCCAAAGAACAUGGCGCUUAUUUUUUCCUAAACUUAACUCUCCUAUGGGAGCUUAAAACAAACUAGGAGAAAAUAGAAAACAAACAGAACACAGAGUUAUGAUUGAUGCUAAUAGCAGUCUAUUGACCAAACAGAAGUCACAAUUGAGAAGCAAAAUUGAGGAAGAAAUGAAAACAAAUUAUAAAAAAUGAUGAUUCACUAAAAUGAGAAAACAGGUAGAACAGAAGUGACACAAAUUAAACUGGAAAAGAUAGAAACAAAAUGGAAUUACAAUUCAUUAAAUUUCAGGAGUGCAGCUUCAUAAACUCUUAUUUCUUCUUCUUCUUCUUCUUCUAAUAUUUAAGCUGUAUAGCUUCCAGCCAUUUUCAGAGUAAGCCAAUGGACUGAAGCUGCACGAUUCAUUCUAUUCUUUUAAGCAAAAACAUCUUUGAGUGUUUAUUAAAGAAAUGACCUGAUUCAUGAUUUUUCCAGGUUGUAACUCCCAUAUCUUUUAAUUAAAUUCUUCACAAAGAUGUUCUUACAGUGCAGCAUUGAUAACCCAGAAUGGUACAAACAUUUAGGCACAGAUUCAGUUUAUGUGUUCUCUUUGCUGCUCAUCAGUGUCUCUGGUGCUUAUGUGUUUGCGGUUUACAACAAUGAAAUGAGUUAUUGUAAUCUCAAUCAGUCAGCUCACUCUGAAAAUGGCCAAGAGGUUUCUGGCCAAAAUAUUAGAAGAAGAAACAGAGUUUAUGCAGCUGCACUCCCAAAAUUUAAUGGAUCAGUUAUUGCACUGCGAAAACAUCAAGACACACAAAUAUGAAUCCUGUCAACAGAGAAGAGUAGACAGGCACAAAGAUAAAGAGCAAAGAAGAGCAAAGCAGAAGAAAGCAUGAGAUAGGGACCAAGAAAGAGCAUUGCAUAUGAUAAAAUAAGUCAGAAGGGGAUAAUACCAAAGCCAUUUUAUCUCUACAUCGUGUCCGACUGUACUUCAUCCCUGAUGUCAACAAACAUUUAAACUCUAAUUUUCCCAUUAAAAAAAUCAUAAAAUGUAUUCUUUUUACCAUUACCUUGGCCUUCCUUUCCUGCUAACUUGGCCUCAGUUUCUGGCAAAUGAAUCUUAGAGUCAAAAAAAUUGUGACUUGUGUUUAAAUGGGUUUUCUUGUGUGAACUUUUUGGGUUUUACAACUUUCAAAACAACCAAGAAUUGCUUAUGUUCAUACAGUUUGUAUUAUCUUUUCACUUUUUUACUCAUAUUAUAUUAUAUGCACUCACUUUCAUUUUUAACAUUACUUGAAAUCCAGUCCAUUUAGAAGAUUUAUUGUUAUUAAUAAAAUAAGGUGGAGUUUAUUGCUAUAGAUUUUUAUAUAUUUGUAUGUCACUGUUGAAAUUGUCAGUAAUGUUGUUAUUCUUUUAACUGGCAUCUCUCUAGAAACAGUAAUGUUUGUUGAACUUAUUGAAAAAGUUUAAGAGCAGUAGGAAAAUUAGCUUUGAAAAAUAGUAAUCCAAUUGCCAGUUGCUGAAUUUAAUUCAUACAUCUUGUUAUCAUUUUGUUUAUGGAUUUGUAUUGAUUCAAGUAGUUAAUGGACACAAAGACUGUCACUCCAGCUGUUAAAAUAAAUAUAUUUACUAAAAAAAUUUGUAUGUCAUAUUUGACAUUUUGACUACUGUCUGUCUCUUUAUAUGUGAGAGAAGUACAUUUUUUAAACAGAACUUUCUUUCUACUAAGAUGUAUUUGAAUGAAUACAACAAAGAUUCUGUGAAGAACAUGAUUAAACUAAGCAAAAAAUGAUGUGUAAGGCAUCAGUCUUACAGGAAAGCUCUAAAUUUUUCAACUGAAUAUGAAUGAGAAUUGUAUGACCGGUAGUUAAUCUCUCAUGUGGUUAAUUUGUGAUUUUUACUGUUCCUUGUUUCGUAAUAUAUGAACACAGGCAGCUUCAUUACAAAUACAUUUAUUUCAUUGAAGAUUUGCAGCUAUUGUAUGAUGAAUACUUUGAAUGAUAAGAGGAAAUUAAGCACAGAUAUGUAUUUACUGCAUUACUGUUGUUACGAUAUUGUCCUGAACAGUUCAUCAUGUUUUGGGAAAGGACAAAUGAUUCAUUUUUGUAUUUUUUUAUGUAUUACCUUUAAGUGAAUUUUUAUUUAUUUAUAUUUUUGUAAUUUUAGCUUUUUGUCAAAUUCUUAAGUGCCAUACCAUGUCAGAAAGAUACGAAUUGACCAAAUACAAUUGAUAAGCUGAACAGGCAACAGAUUACAUUCUUACGAAGAAGUUUAACUAGUCAUUUUUAACUAUUACUAGUACAAAUCAGCCAUGCUGCAGACUUAUUAGAACUUCCACAAAUUAUUUGUGUAGAAUACUAUUGGAAUAUUUACUGUAGAUGCAAGAAAUAAAUGCUUGAUGAUUUAGAAAUGAGAUAUGUAAAUGGAAAUGUCAUUAUUUUCACUUUUAAAGUAUUAGUAGGAGAGGAAUUUCUGUGAAGUCUAGUUUCUUUAUGUUAUACAUAUAGAGAUCCACACUGAAACUUUAUUUGAUUUCAUGUCAUCCACGACAUUGCUGUAUUCCAGUAAAUGGAUGUGACAAAAUUUACACCAUGACUUCAGAAGUAUUAUUGUACCCUGUAACUAUAUAUUGUUGUUUUGUUAUAAAAAUAUUUAAUAAAUAAAUGAUAAUUUGAGAUGAAUGUUUCUUAAAUUUGGAGAAGGUGAAUACUGUUAUGAAGCAUUUGAUUGCUUCUGAGAAAUAUUUUUUAAUUCAUCUUGAUAAAUACAUUGACACAGAAAUCUUGAGAUUCGCAAUUAGGUGUCUCGGAUUAUUUUUUGUAUAAAAAUACUUCUUUCUCUUAAUUGAUUAGAAAAUACUCAUUUAGAUCAUGAGUUAUUGUAACACACAGGAAUUUAUAUGUAUUAUGAAAUAUAACAGUAUUUUAAAUGUG